GACAGCAGCCACUGACACGUACGAAUGCCUCAAUAAUUUGCAGGAAGGUGGUACAGUUUCAGGAAAGGAUAACAACCAAUGCGUUUCCGCUAGUUUUUGAACCGCUUUCUUGAUGUUCGCUACUCUGCCGAGAAGGUCGCGCUUAAAGGAGGUGUGCGUCGCACCAGCAGUAGGAGUACAAUGAGGUUCUCUAUGUUGAUCAGUCUGUUAAGGCCGAUCGGCCCGGUUAUUAUCGGGAUUUCGCUGGGAUUUACUCUGAGUUUGCUGAGUGUGAGCUGGGUUGAACAGAGCUGUGAUGUUAAUGCCGUAGGAGACGAAGGAAUCGCUUUAACCCAGGAUGGAAGCCUGAAAGGAGCCCGGAGACCAAACUCUAUUUCCACUGGGAAUGAUGGUGAGGAGGAGGAGAAGGAGGAUUUCCAGCCGAGAAUAAUCCCGUAUAAACCAGUCAAACAGACUCAGCCCAAGAAACUUUUCAGAGCGAAAUACAUUAGCACAGAGCUGGGAAUCCGAGAGCGUCUUUUUGUGGGAAUAAUCACCUCCAAAAACACCAUCAACACCCUUGGUGUAGCUGUCAACCGCACAAUUGGCCAUCAUCUGGACAAUGUCGUGUUCUUCACUGGCACACGAAACCGCAAGAUACCCCAUGGGAUGAAUGUGGUCACACAUGGCGAUGAACGGCUUAUCUGGAACAUGUUCCAGACCAUCAAGUACAUUCUAGAACAUUACAUCACAGAGUACGACUGGUUCUACCUCGCCCAGGACGACACAUACACACAGGCAGACCGUAUCAAGGCUCUGGUAGGGCACUUGAGCAUGGACCGGGUGCUGUAUAUGGGCAGUCCGGAGGAGUUCAUUGGAGGUGAGAUGCAGGGACGGUAUUGCUAUGGGGGGUUUGGAUACCUGCUGUCCCGCAGUCUUCUGUUGAAGCUCCAGCCCUUCCUGGAGAACUGCAGGAACGAUAUUCUCAGUGCCAGACAUGACGAGUGGCUUGGCCGAUGCAUCAUCGACUAUGCUAAUACCAACUGCGUGGAAGAAUUGGAGGGACAGAGGUAUUACUAUUAUGAAAUGGGCAAAAAUUCUGACCCCAGUAAAGAAGACAACAUGCAGUUCAAGAAUGCACUGACCGUCCACCCAGUGUCUGAUCCUGAGCAGAUGUACAGACUCCACAAACACUUCACAGAGAUUGAGCUGCGGAAGACAUACGAGGAGAUCGAAAAACUGCAGGCGGAAAUUAGAAAUGUAAGUGUAGUGGCUUUUGAGGGCAACCGUAGUGCCUUGUGGCCAGUUGGAAUCAAUCCACCCUUUGAGCCCAAAACACGAUUCGAGGUCCUGCGGUGGGAUUACUUCACUGAGGAUCAGGUGUACUCUUGCAUCGAUGGCUCUCCGAAAUGUGAGCUCCGUGGAGUUGACAAGCUAGACGUAGCCGAUGUCAUUGAGACGGCAAUGGGUGAACUGAAUAAAAAGUACAAGCCAGUGUUAUACCUCAAGAAGCAGCAGCUAAUCAAUGGAUAUAGACGCUUUGACCCCACUAGAGGGAUGGAGUACACCCUGGACCUACAAUUGGAGGUGGUUAACCAAAAAGGACACAGUCGCUCAAUCACCAAAAGGGUCCACUUAGUAAGACCUCUCAGUCGCAUCGAGAUCAUUCCAAUGCCUUACGUUACAGAAGCAACUAGAGUUCAUAUCAUCUUACCCGUUACUCUUCAAGAUCGAGAUUACAUCCACCAAUUUUUAGAAGUGUACGCCACAAAUGCGUUCGAAACCAGCGAGAAUGCAAUCUUGACGUUCCUCUUCAUCUACGAUCCAAUAGAGGCUCAACAAGUCAGCCAGAAUGACAUCUUUUCCAGUAUCAAAGCACAAAUCAACACUUAUGAACGUCGAUAUCCUGCAGUCAAAAUCCCCUGGAUUAGUGUUAAAAGUGAAAGUCCGUCUCAAAUCAAAUUCAUGGACAUCAUCUCCAAGAAGCACCCAGUUGACACGUUGUUCUUCGUCGCGACUGUGAAAACCAGCAUCAGUUCUGAGUUCCUCAAUCGCUGUCGGAUGAACUCCAUCAACAAUUGGCAGGUGUUCUUUCCAAUCCACUUCCAGUACUAUAAUCCUGACAUCGCUUAUCACAACCAGCCUCUACCAAGUGCUUUGGAUUUGGUCAAAGAGGCUGGUCUUUUCGAUCGCAGUUCCUUCACCGAAGCUUGUUUUUACAACUCAGACUACAUGGCGACCCGGACCCGAAUGUCAUCAGAUGUGCUGGAGAACGAGGAGAUCCUGGAGAACCUGGAUAUAUAUGACAUGUUCGUCAAAUACUCCGGCCUCCAUGUUUUCAGAGCAGUGGAGCCGGCCCUGCAUCAGAAAUACAGCUACCAGGCGUGUAAUCCUCGCCUUAGUGAAGAAAUUUACCAGAGGUGUGUACAAAGCACCCUGGAUAGCCUUGGAUCACGCUCUCAGCUCGCCAUGCUGCUGUUUGAACAGGAACAGGGCAACAGUACUUAAAACCAAACCCUGAAGAUUGAGAGAUGACCAAAAGGUGAUAAACGCUUUAACCAUUGAAGUCGCAAUGCUGAACGAAUCAAAAAUGCUGUUGGUACCAAAAAAAAGAAGACUAAAAACAUUAGAAAUCUAUUUAUAGAUGGCAGAUUUUUGUGACAACUGAGGAUUUGUAAUUUACUGUCUUUCUUGUUUCAGCAGAUUGGUCUAUGUUGGCUCUUAAACAAAGCAGCUGUUAGCUGUUGAAACGAUCACUACCGUAACAUAUCUGAAUCAAUGUGCCUUCAAAAAUAUGCUGUCCUUUCACAAUACUUUUGUCAUCACAGACACUUUUGCUCAAGCCGAUUUGUUUUAAAGAGUUUUAACGUGUUUAACGUAAUAUUUUUUUUGUAUGAAGGAACUUUAUCCAGAUUCUGUGUUUUAGCAGUAAGUGGUAACACUUUAUAAUAACUGCACACUGCGAAUCAUCUAUUAAGCAUUGGCAAAUAGUGAAUUCAUUAUUUGUUAAGCAUAAACUUUACAUUAAUAGACGUUAAUAAGCAGUUUACAAGUUUUACAAAUGCUUUAUUUUUGAUUUAUAAGCUUAUUUAAAUUGUGCUUAAUAGCUGUACUUUUAUAUAAGGCUGAGUGAUUUGGCCUAAAAUUAAAAUCUCUAUUAAUGGCACAUUUUAACUUUAUUAUGAUUAAUGAGCGAAUAUUUUAUUUAUUUUGCCCUCAUAGUUCACUGAGAAGUUUUAUAUGUCGUCUAAAGGCAUUUCUGGCGCAGCUUCCAAUCAUCGUCAAUGUAGUGCAAAGUAAGGCUCAAGAAUGAUUCCAUCGUCCUAACUGACCUGAGAUCAGAUUUGGCUGCAGAAGUAGAAAUCAGCCACAGCAUUUAACAGAGCGGGGCCACAUGACACAUAAGGAAAAUAAUUGAAAAAAUCUUCGUAAAAUUUGAUCGAUUAUAGGUUCUGAAUGUCGAUUUCGAUUACUUUUCAAUUAUUCACCCAGCCCUACUUUCAUGCCUUGCUACUCAUUUAUUUUUCAGGACUAAAUUAAAUAUUGCCUUAUUUACAACUCCUUUGUAUUUAAAAGUAGCUGGAUUUUUUUUAGGAUCAUUCAGAAAAAGUUAGUAAAUAAUUAAUAAACUAUUCAAAUCAACAUAUUUUAUUAUUCAGGCAUAUACUAAUAGUUCAUUUGUAUGUUAUUGAAUGCUUUACUAACUCAACUUCAUCCAGUUUUGUAACCUAAUCUAGUGAGGACUGUUUAUGCUUUAGAAAUCCCGAAUAAAUGACAAUUAAAGGCUCAGUAUAACAUAAACAAUACAUCUUUGAAAUCUUAUUUAAAAGGUAAAACUACUGUAAAGACUAAACACUGCUGAAUAACAGGAGUGUCAACAUUGACAUAGAAUUGGAUAAAACAAAAACAAUAUAAUAAUUUAACAAUAUAGAGGAUGAAAUCUGUAUUUAAUCGAAGAAACAUGAUGGAACCUUGGGUAAAUAAUCAAUGUGAAGAGUACUUAAAAUUAAUUUAUUUUGUUCCCAGUAGAAAACAAGUUCAUAGAUGUUCAAUAUGACUUCAUCCAGACACUUGAGUGACAUCAACCACAUACUCGAACUCGUUCCACAUUCUCAGUUUGGAUAGCUGCAGUUAUUCCUUUUUUUAGUUCCUCAAUGUGAAACCUCAGAGCUUCCUUAAAUCGGCGACAGACAGAGCUCAGCUCUCCUUUUCUUCUUUGCAGAGUUCUCGAUUUUCAAAGUCGUGGUAUUCUUUUUGAAUCACCCUGUAUUAUGAUACAACAUUUCAAUGUUAUUUAGCGAAGUUUAAAAUGCACAGCAGUGUAACUUGCAAAGGUUUGUUUUUGAUUUGAUACAGUUUCAUUUGUGUAUCUUCAAAUAAAUAGAAAUAAAGUCUUUUUUUUUCUUUUGUCCUGUUUAAAAUAGAACUGAGUCUUUAAUUGUUAUUCAUAAGGGAUUUAUAAAGCAUGCAUAGUCCUUACUUUAGAUUAGGUCGCAAAACCGGAUGAAGUUAAGUUAAUAAAGCAUGUAUUAGCAUAAAAAUUAACUAUAAUGCCUGAAUAAUAAGAUAUAUAUAAAUGUUAAAUUGUUUAUCAAUCAAUUACUUGUGCAUUCUAAAUGAUUUGUAAAUACCACUAACCACUCUCCAAUAACUGGUUUGUAAAUGAUGCAAUAUGUAAUUUAGUAAUGAAAAAAAAAAUUAACAAAGUAUGAAAAUACAAUCAUUAAGCACAUUAUACAUGUACUUAUAAGUCAAGAAUAAAGCAUUUGUAUCUGCAGUUAUAAACCGCUUACUUGCAUCUGUUAAUGAAGAGUUGAUACUUAACAGAUAACGAAUUCACUAUUUGCUAAUGCUUAAUAAAUGAUUCAUAGUGUGUAGUUAUUAUAAAGUGUUACCCAGUGGGGGUAUUAAUGUUGAAAUGUUUUUCAUUUUGUCAAUCAGUCCACGCUUAAAUUUACUUAAACAUUUGGCUGAAAUCUUUUUGUUGUUGUUGUUUUACUAUUAGUGCCAAAUAACACAUCAAGGGAUAGUUCAUCCAGAAAUACAAAUCCUGUCAUCAUUUACUCAGCCUUUACUUAUUCCAAACUAAUAUGAGUUUAUUUCUUCUUCUUUUCCCCCCUCCUAACAUUAAUGUCAAUGGCUACCGGUUUCCAGCAUUCUAUAAUAUUUAUAUUUUUUAAUUUCAUAUUUUAUUUAUUUAUUGUUUGUGUGUGUUCAACAGAAAAAAGAAAUUCAUAAAGGUUUGGAAGCAGUUAAGGGUGAAUAAAUGUUUUUUUUGUUUGUUUUGUUUUUUGUUGAACUAUCCCUUUAAGAAGUUUCCAUCACUAUUUCCUCCAAAGCAUUUCAACCAGUAAUUUAUUCUUGAACUUUGAACAGCAGAACACAGUUGCUGUUAUUAUCGACACCUGGAUUUAAAGGCAUUUAAAUAUUUGUACCAUUGAAACUGCCUCUGAAGAGAUUUUUCAGAUGAAAGAAGUAAACACUUUAAGGUUUUUGCACUAAUAAAUCAAUGAAACUCUGCCUUGUAUAUCAGCUGCACAAUACGCCUGUCAAAGCAUUUCAUUCUGUUCGAGAAAGAUUAUAGGGUACGUUAGUUCGUUUCUGGAGUGCAAUACUAGUGCAAUACAAUUCAGCCUGCUGAUGGAAACAUUCCAGAUGAGUUAAACACACCAUAGAGAGCCUCCAUUCAAAAGCGUUCACAAAUCAUAGUGUGUUUCUGUGGGUUAAAUAAGAUCAUUUAGAUUUGUUUGUUUUUGUGGGUCCCUUUUUGUCCUUCAUAACUGUUUCCCGGUACCUGUGUUUACUGUAUAAGUGUUGUGUUUAAGAUCAUUUUUUAUUUAAGACAUCAUAAAUGUAAAUGCAUUACACUGACACUGUGGUGAAGUCAGUUUUGUAAAUGACACACGCGCAACAUGAAUGGACGCAGCACAGAAUGAGCGCAGACUGAAGCCGCUGUUGGCCUUUAGGGGUCAGCAGAGGGUUGUGGGAUUACAGCUGCUCUCGGAUUUCCAUUCUUUCACCAGACUGUUUCUUAACCUUUUUACUAUAAAUAUUCUCUAUAAAUCCAUUGUAUAUUGUUUUAAAUAUUACUGUACAAAGUGUUUAAUAAAUCCUUUAUUUUAGGGCUCAGAUAAAUAUUAGUGUUUGUCUCUGUUUUUAUGAACCGGUUUAUAUUGCAUUUGAUUUUCUUCGCAGGUCAUUUUCUCAUACCAACAACCUAUAAGAUAAUUAAGUUGAGGUAAUUUUUUCUGUGACUAUUACCAUAGCAUAUAAACCAAAGGUUACAAACUAAGACCUGGAAGAUAUGUUUUAAUGAGAUGCUGUAAAAUCUUCACAUCUAUUUAUAUGCCCUCUCUUUUUUUUCCCCCGAGCCCUUAACCACACACAUUGGCUUUGGGCACACAGUGAACCCAUAUAAGCAGUGGGCAGCUGAAGUCAGCAGUAUCUAAUUAUAAACAGGACUCAUUUAAUCCUGGACUUUCUAUCCUAUAAUUUCUUUCAUACAUCAGUU